AUGAACGACGAGCGAUCACCGGGAUGCAUCUCUAAGGAUCUGGUAUGCCUGUGGUCUUCCGUGUGUCUCCGGACAGGUAAUCAGGUGUGGUGUUGCUGCCAUGACCGUGCACAGCUGCCCCUGCUGCCUGUCCUCGUCACGGUCCUGGUGGCUCUGUCGUGUGCAGAAGAUCACGAGUGGCACUUUAACCCAGGUGAGACACAACCACAGACAACAAAAUCAGGUCUCCUGGCCGAGAGUCUUGCCAUGUGGAGGUUGAGUACAGGAGAGGGGGAUGGAGCAUGGUGUCCUGCAGGAUCAGUUUUCCCCAGCGGUUCUGAGUAUCUCCAGGUGGAGCUCCGCACCCUCCACUUCCUGUCCCUGGUGGGAACCCAGGGUCGCCACGCCGACGGUCACGGCCGGGAGUUCGCCCGGAGCUACAAGCUGACCUACUCCAGAGACGGACGGACCUGGAUGACCUGGAAGGACCGCUCGAGCCAGGAGGUGGUGUCUGGGAACGAGAACACGUACGAGGUGGUUCUGAAGGACCUGGGGCCGCCCAUCGUGGCCCGCAUGGUGCGCUUCUAUCCGCUAGCUGACAGGGUCAUGAGUGUCUGCCUCAGAGUGGAGCUGUACGGCUGCCUGUGGAACGAUGGUCUGAAGGCGUACACAGCUCCAGUGGGCCAUGUCAUGCACUUGUCUGGCUCCCCCGUCUACCUGAAUGACUCCACCUACGAUGGGAGCACAGAGGCAGGGGUCCAGUUCGGAGGUCUGGGCCAGCUGUGUGACGGCGUGCUGGGAGGUGAUGACUUCACUGAGACCAAGGAGCUGAGGGUGUGGGCGGGGUACGACUACCUAGGCUGGAGUCGCGAGGCUCUGGGGCAGGGCAGCGUGGACAUCGAGUUCCACUUCGAGGACACCCGCAUCUUCCACACCAUGCAGGUGCAUAGUAACAAUCGGCACACCCAGGGCGUACGGGUCUUCAGCAGGGUGGAGUGCCAGUUCAAGCCGGGCCUACUGCAGCCCUGGUCGGGGGCGCUGGUCCUGGCCGUGCCCCUGGAGGACCUGAAGGACCCCUCAUCCCGGCCCAUCUCCCUGCCCCUGGGGGGGCGCCCCGCCCAGAUCCUGCGCUGCAAGUUUGCCUUCGCCGACCGCUGGCUGCUCAUCAGCGAGAUCUCCUUCUACUCCGAGCCCUUUGGGGAGAAAGGUACAGAGACUGGGUCAGUUCCUCCUCUUCUUCCUCCUGCUCCUCCGGACCCCUCUUCCUCUCCUCUUCCUCCUCCUGUCCUCCACACCUCCACCAGCCCCACCCCUGGAUCCAACUCCUCCAACUCCACCAUGGGCCCCUCCGAACCCCCCUCCACCAACCCCACUACGAACGGCACGGGUAACAGCACACUCUCAGGAGCUGACUUUGCUGAUUACCCAAGGGCGGGACUUCCUGUCGCCAAGGACGACAGCAGCAACACAGCCAUCCUGAUUGGUUGCCUGGUGGGCAUCAUAUUACUGCUCCUGGCUGUCAUCGCUGUCAUUCUGUGGAGGCAGUACUGGAAGAAGAUACUGGGCAAGGCCCAGGGCAGCCUGUCCAGCGAUGAGCUACGCGUCCAUCUGUCCGUCCCGUCAGACAACGUGGUCAUCAACAACACCCACAGUUACUCCAGCCGCUACCAGCGCAUACACACCUCCCCUGAGGAGAGGGAGGGCGAGAGGGGGGGCGAGGGGGAGUACCAGGAGCCCAGCGCCCUGCUGAGGCCCAGAGACCAGAGAGACAGCACCGCCUUGCUGUUAAACAACCCAGCGUAUCACCUGCUCCUGUCUGAUCAGAGACAAGGCUCCUGGCCCCUGGCUGUGCCCAGCACCUCCCAGGCUCAGGAAAAGAGCCUCAAUGUUCCCCAGGCCUGCGGCCUGGACAGGGAUCUGGAGAAGGGCUUCCCCCUCACCCAGGAGGAGCCUCCCCCUUACCCUGGCGCCCCUCCCUACCCCUCCGUGUCCCCCCCGCUGCCCCCCAGCGUGCCCCACUACGCCGAGGCCGACAUCGUGAGCUUGCAGGGCGUCAGCGGCAACAACACGUACGCCGUGCCCGCCCUGACCACGCCCAGCCCCGGCGCCGACUCCGCCCCCCUGCCGGAGCUGCCACGCCAGUGUCUGGUCUUCAAGGAGAAACUGGGGGAGGGCCAGUUUGGAGAGGUGCACCUGUGUGAGAUCGAGAGCCCUCAGGACCUGCCCAACCUGGAGUUUCCCUUCAACGUGAGGAAAGGGCGCCCCCUGCUGGUGGCAGUGAAGAUCCUGCGUCCUGACGCCUCCAAGAACGCCAGGAACGAUUUUCUGAAGGAGGUGAAGAUCCUGUCUCGCCUGAAGGACCCCAACAUCAUCCGGCUGCUGGGCGUGUGUGUGAGCAGUGACCCUCUCUGCAUGGUGACGACGGAGUACAUGGAGAGUGGAGACCUCAACCAGUACCUCUGCCACAGAGUCCUGCUGGACAAGUCUGGGCCCACACACAACACCCCCACCAUCAGCUACCCAGCCCUCAUCUCCAUGGCCAGCCAGAUAGCGUCGGGGAUGAAGUUCCUGUCGUCCCUGAACUUCGUCCACCGCGACUUGGCCACGCGCAACUGCCUGGUGGGGGGCGAGCGAGGCGAGAGCGGCGGGGAGCGGCCAAUCAAGAUAGCCGACUUCGGGAUGAGCAGGAACCUGUACGCAGGGGACUAUUACCGCAUCCAGGGACGAGCCGUGCUGCCCAUCCGCUGGAUGGCCUGGGAGUGUAUCCUGAUGGGUAAGUUCACCACGGCCAGUGAUGUGUGGGCGUUCGGGGUGACCCUGUGGGAGAUGCUGAGUGUGUGGCAGGAGCAGCCGUACUCCAGCCUGACCGACGAGCAGGUCAUCGACAACGCAGGAGAGUUCUUCAGAGACCAGGACAGACAGGUGUACCUGAGCAGGCCAGCCGUGUGUCCCCAGGGUCUGUAUGAGCUGAUGCUGAGCUGCUGGAACAGGGACUGCAAGCUGCGCCCCUCCUUCGCCAACAUCCACUCCUUCCUCACAGAGGACGCCAUGAACAUGGUGUAGACGGCGAGGGAGAGGGGGAACGAGAGAGAGAGGCCGGGAGAUGAAGAACAAGGAUGAGGGGGGACCCUCUGCUGAUCUCGUCCCUACCUUUUUAGCAGUAGAGGAAAGGCUGAUUAUGGAGGUGAAGAGAUUAGACGGUCGCUUGUACAUUUCCUGUUUCCCUGGGUGGACGGGGCUGAGAAACCGCAGGUUCGGUUUUCAGUCACCCCCCCCCCCCCCACACACACCUGUAGCCCCGCUAACCCAGAGUACUGUAGACCAUAGUACCACCCCUGCAUCUCAUCAUGAAUGUAAAACAAUGGCUGGUGGUGGGUUAACUGCAUCCUGCUUAAUGAACUGUUGUUUCUCCAAGUUAAUGACAUAGAGUGGCUUUAAUGACUCACAUUGAACCUUCGUAACGCACGCCCGAUGACGUAGGUGAAGCCGAAUCAAAGAAAAGAUAGGAAGAGUUCCUCAGAACGUGAUUAUCGUAGAACAGCAGAUCCGUGUUUAGUCCGUGUUGGUGCGUGACACAUUGUAUAGCACUGCUGUAGUUUUGCGGUAUUUUCAAUGGUGAAGUAUACAACCUGGGGGUGUACUGGCAAAGGUUGACGUACAGGAUGUAUACUGCAGCCAUGGCUCUGUGAACACGGUACAGGAUGUAUACUGCAGCCAUGGCUCUGUGAACACGGUACAGGAUGUAUACUGCAGCCAUGGCUCUGUGAACACGGUACAUUUCUGCGUCCCACCCUGGUCCCACCCGAGCUGGGUCAGACGUGGGGGAAACACCACGUUGAACUACACAGAAUUUCUAAAAAGACAAUUGGGGUAAACGACCCCCCCCCCCCAGCACAUUCACGCCCGCGGUCACAGUCACAGCGUUGUGACCGCGGGCGUCUGGUGACGGGCAGACACUGCAGGACCGACAGCCAAUCCGGUUGUCGGACCGUGUUGUUCCACGCCACGCCACACUUCCUGUAUCGAAGAGGAGCCUCGCGCUGUCGCACCAGUCAGGUGUCACUCAGUCAGCAGAGGGCACACGGGCACAGGAAGUGAGAUUUCAAACAGGAAAUGAGACUCGAAAGAGGCUGUAUGUACAGUACCCACAUGCGAGCGCUCGCAAACUUAUUCACCAGUUACAACCACCGACCUUGUUUGGCUUUGACCAGCCCCAGACACAGUGAUACAAGUCCCAUUUUCACAAACCAGCUGCACUUUAAAAACAUGUAUCCUGGUCCAUCGGUGCCCACAGCUCACCAACGCAGAACUCCCAGGCAACUCCUGAAAGGCACAAACCAUAGAAGAAGAAGCAUUGCAUUUGGCUUUCUUCCCUGUUAGUUUUGCAAUGAAAUGCGAUGCAAGCGUGCGUCGCCGUGUCAGAAGCGUUGUCUGAAAGAGAACCAGGAGCAUCAAAUGCUGGGAGCACAGAGCGCAUUAAAUGCAGUAUGCAUAGCCGUUUAGUUAACUCUGUAUUAUCACAUAUAGGCCUAUAAGCUGACCAGGGUAGGCCCUCUACCUUACUGAUUGUACAGAACUGUAUGCUUGUCCAGUUUAAUUAUUAAGUAAUCCCUGUUUACUGAUUGAAUGAGAGUGAACGGCCAUGUCAUGUGAAUGCAGUACGUGCCAUUUGAUUGAUCAUUUUUGAUACACUGUAGUUGGACUAAACCCAUAUUUUUUUUAUAUACUGUAUGUACUUAGACACUCCUUGACGUCAGUGAUUUUGUCCUUUUUGUCUUUGAAGCAGAACCUAACGGCGUGUACAUAUUUUAAGAACGGAAUUCUGAUUUUGUUCACUAAUAUAUGGAAAUUCUUUGCUAUUUUUGGGGUCUUUUGUUUCCUUGUAGAAAGCUUGCUACCUUGAUGCCAUUGUCAUUCAUCAUGCUGUCUAUUUUUGUAGAUGUUUUAAUAAAAUUAAUCUUUUCAAAUAAAGCAGGUAAGAUAUCCCAGUUUAAUGUACAAUAUGAGAAUACUAUUUACAGUCGUCCUCUAACAAUUAAACCAGAACUUUGUAAAGGAAUAAACAAAACAAGAUUGAGUUCAAUUACAAAAAUCUGAGAUUGUUUAAUGUGUGUAUAUAACUAUGGUACAGUCUCACAAAUGUUAGGCAAGCAUUGUUUUGGCCACUGUAUAGGGUACACGAAUGGUGAUCUUAGUCUGACAGUAGCCUAGACAAACGGGGGAAAAUUGUCAGAAUUCUUAAGGCUCGAUUAUCGACACUAUAAUAAGCACAUCUAUCUUCUGAUGUCAGUUGGGCAACAGAAGCCUUUUAAAAUAUUCAGGCACUUUGAAGUAACAUGAUGCACAGACAACCAAGAGUAGUUAUGUAGAUUCUUGAAGAGAGGUAUAUGAACUAAAACCGAACUGACCAUAGCAGCAUGUUGAUAUAAUCCUACCCCAACCCAAACACAUUACAAAAAGUAACUGGCAAAACGCAACCAACCUAUCAAUAUAGCAAUAGUCCUAGUGCUGGUGUGCAUGUCAACUGGAGAUACACACGGGAAGAAAAAAACUAAACAUGGAACAUUUCAAAUAAGUAUCUGAGUUGCAGGAAACCUUAAGGUCAGGGCUCACUGUACUGCACAGUCGAUGACAACCACACAGACUUCUGAGCAGGAAAACCCCCAGAAUGUUACCAUCGCCACAUCCUUCACCAUCUUUCACUUGACAAGAAACUCAACUCGUAACUCCAAAAUCUCCUCUCACAGUACAGGACUGCGGUAAAGACAUGCAAAGCAUUCUGUGCACGUCUUUCAUACAGGUUACUUAUAAGAAACGCCAACGAAGAGCAAGUUGGGAGGUUAGUUCUGACUACUUAUUUUGUCUUCCCAAAGAGCAUGCGAUUAGCAAAGCUAACACAACAAAUAUAACAUUCCUGCUA